ACGUACGGGCCGGUACUGUAGGGUAAGUGACACGCACGCCGCUGGACCAGUUCAGAGGCUGGGCGCUGGAAAAUUCAUCUGGACAAGAACUAGCUGUACGUGUGGUGGUGCCUGAUCCAGCGGAACAUUUUCUGACAGCAUGGCCUUGCGUCAGUAAGCUGCGCUAUUUAAUUUCACCGACCUGAGACACCAAGGUAAGCCUAACGAGUGGUGCGCAAUAUCCAGCAUAACACCGAGUGCAUAAUGUGCCUGAGUAGCCUGCCAAACCGCAACAGAGUGGAAGCGCCCGACAGCUCGCAUAACGGACUUCGCCCUGACAGCUCCGGACCGCCGGCUCGUGAUCUUCAUUUAUAGGGGACAUCGCUCGAACAUCGCAUGGAGGAUCUCGGACGGGUUUUUAUUAAUGUCGAGGUCGUAGGUUCUCUGAAAACAAAGCCAUGAACUGACUGGGACUUCAGCAAAAUUUUCCGCAAAGUUUUCACGAAGCAACGUUUAAUUUUCACUUCAGUCAUCAAAUUCAAGUACGACAAGCGGCGCAUUAGCGAAGACUAGCCCGGGGUUUGUCCGGCUUGCGAGCCAACGGCCGGAUGUGCGACUCCUCCUCCUUCCUGUCCGCCAUGCGUCCUGGUGCGCGACUCCUCGUCACUCUCCUACUCUGCAGCGGGACCAGGCGGAGCACCGCCAAGCGCAAGGCCUUCUACUGUUUUCAGUGCACGGGCGAAUCUACUGACCCGGACGACCACUGCACCGACAGCGGCUGGGUGUCCAUCCCGCGGGGCAGGCGGCUCGACUACAAGUUCCUCUGCCCCGAACAGCUGAGUUUCUUCUGCAUGAAAACCGUCGAGGUGUGGGAGAGCGACCAGCCCGGCGUGCCAAACAAGUACCGCACGCGCCGCGGCUGCAGCGGCAGCACGCGCUUCAGCCAGCAGGAGGGCACCGAGGAGGACGCAGGGGCCACCCGGUUCACCGUGACCAACGGCUGCACAGACUUCGUCGAGAAUCCCUCCACUGGAGGGUAAGAGCGCCCCCAAACUCGCUUCCCGGCGGGCCCGGCCACGCCGUGUUCCGUCCUCGAUGUCUGGCCGUUCAGUGGUGGAUGCUCGCUCGAUGCCAGCCGAGCCGUUCCUGUAGGCCCGGCAGCGGUGCUUCGGACACCGCGCGAGACGCGUCAGCCAGCCCGCUGAGCGCUGCGCCGCCCUCCUGCUUCCGCGUCCGGCGCCGCUCCAC